AUGGCCGCCGCAGAAGCUGCUGGUAAGUAUUCUUACACUGAUACGCAAGCCCUCGCAGUGCAAAUUGGCCUCGCGGGCGCCACUGAGCUGAGUGUCUUCUUUGCAUCAACUCGCUGGCGACCAUACUUCACCCAAAUCGCGAAACAUGUCAUUCUUCCUUCGCAAGCUGCAGCACAAAGGCUUCGUCAAGCUCGGGCGCGUGGCCCUGGGCUAAGGACCGUGCAAGUAAGGCUUUCACAGGGCGAAAAGAACGGAAAGACAAAGUAUUCCGACCCUCACAGCGACAGAAAUUUGUGGGAUGCGACGGACUGGUAUGCUUGGCAUCUUUACUCAACGCGGUUACAGAAUCUACGAUCCCAACAUGGCCUAUUUUUCAGGAAAAACCUUACUGAAUCCGAUGUGGAUGCCCGAAUCUGGGCGUGCACAAAGCUCUGUGAGAAUAAGCUGGCACCUGCAAAACAGCGCCAGCAGCAGCCUCAACAAGGGAACCGAUAUCCCUGGAACAACCCCAAUGACGACAUGUACGAUUCCGAUUCUGACGAGGGGUCGAGGGUAUUGACCCCUCGAUCCGACUACACCUCCCUGGAGGAUGCAGAGCAAGCUCGUUUGAAUGAUGACUACAUUCUGAAUCAAUUGCCUUCAGCAUUCAAGUCUGGGGUCAACCUGGAUCUCACUGACCAGGGCGAAGACCCGACAGCCCCCAAGAGCUCCGGAGAAGGCUUAUCUAACAUAGCACGCAUGGUCCUUGAGAACGAAAGCGACCAGAUGGAUCUCUCACAACGUUUCUGGCAAUGUGUAGCCAUUGAUCAGAUUUUGAGCAAGUACAUCCGUUCUCGGGGUAUGAACCCUUUACCAGACCGGACAGGUAUGAUCGCUCAGUACGCAAACACUGCAGAUGCAGCUUGGCUCCAGGAGACUUUGAGUAAGUUAGAUGCGGACCAUCUUGAAUUUAAGCCUUGGACAGCGGCGACAGCAGCGGAAUACGACCGACAACAAUUAUGGUUUGAUGCCCUAGAGUACCAAAGAGAGGAUCUCGCGGCAUCAUGUCAAAUGCUUGGAAUUCCCUUUUCAAACAAGGAAUCUCUGCUUCGCAUGCCUGGCAUGCCGAUUUCCGAAAAGCUAGAAUUUUGGCAGCCUCCAGCCAUCAAGGCAAUUUUUGACUUCCAAAGCAACCCGGUCGCCGGAGGCUGUGUCAUCGCAGACGUGGUCGGAGCGGGAAAGACAUGGGAGAUCAUCGGCUAUCUCUUAGCUGUAAGUGGUUCCCCAAAGCCUUCCAGUGCCCUUGCUGAUGCUCUUCAGAGACACAACGCUAGGCUGGUGAAGCCUUUGCUAGAGCGCAGUCCCCCACGUCCAACACUACUAGUCGUACCUGGCCACCUUGUUCCUCAAUGGAUUAGAGCUUUCAGAACAGUAUCAGGGGAUACUUUCAAGAUUUUCAAAUAUUGGGGAGACAAAAAGGGAAAGGGUCUUGAUAUCGACGAAGAGACGCAGAUCGAUGAGACGCUUACAUUGAACAAUCCGUUGUUCGACCUCAAAGUUGAGGACAAUGCACGAAAGGUCGUCAUUACGACUCCGCAGACACUGAUGACACGAAAUGGACCGGUCAAGCAAGCUAGCUGGUACAAGCAGAUGACGGGCAAGACUAUAAGUAAACCUGGAAAGAAGAUCAUGAAUGGAGCAUUUCCAUUCUCUCUGAAGGAAGGCUUUCAUAACGUCAUCAUUGAUGAGGCACACCUUUUGAAGGACGAUGACGCCGAAAUGUCGAUCGCAGUCCAAUGGCUAUCGGGACAAUUUCACAUACUUGUCACGGCGACUCCUAUGCCCAACGACGUCACAGAUUUCAGAGGCUUUUUCAAGCUUAUACAGAGAAAGGAUCACGAUCAAUUAUGGUCAAAGGCAAGCUUGCUUAAUAUGAACGUCAAAGAGAACGUUAAUCCCUACGCACUGCCCGACACCCAUCCCGCAGUAUGCCUGAGGAUGACUAUGAAGGCUGCAGUAGCCUACAUCUUUCCCACUACAAUCCCAGACACCACGCAAGGCAACCGCCUUGCAAUGGUCUUCCGCCAAUGUCUUCUCAGGAGGACCUACGCUUCAAAGGUGCCCUUCUACACCGGAGAACCUAUAGGGAGUCGUAUGCCGAGGGUUCAGUCAUUCAUAAUCGUAUGCAACAUGACCCCUGCCGAGAAACAAACCUAUGACAGAUUCGACACAGAAGCAUCGUCGGGUCUCAUAACAGGGAAGGAAAAGUUAAAAUGGAAUCUCGGGGUAUUUCGCCUCCUCGGCCUGGCAUCGACAUGGGUACAUUUCCCCAUGCUCGACUGUCGGACCCAAAUGCGGGCCAAAGACAUGAAGACCAUCACGGCUGACGCAGCCUUCGUACGCAAAUGGAUCGGGCUGAUAAGACAUAAUGACCAGCGGCGAGGACCCAUUGAUCCUCUCGAAAUCGUCGCAGCAGCAUGCGAAGGCUCCCCGAAAUUGCGCGCGUUACUUAAAACUGUUCGCUCACAGGUCUGUCGUGACGAGCGCAAGCACAUCAUAUGGUGUCACUCUCCUGCCACCCAAAUAUGGCUCUACGGAAUCUUCGGACUCCUCCAAAUCUCUACUUUAAUGUACGCAGCGCACAUGACAUCCAGGGAACGCGAGGAGGCUCAACGGGUCUUUACGACUGAACCCAAGCAAGGCAUGAUCCUAGUAGCAAAUUAUGCCACAGCCAGCACUGGUUUGAACCUCCAAUCUCUGUGCUACGACAAUCACCUAUUCGAGCCCCCUCUUAGCGAUGGCAUAGAAGCGCAAGCGAUUGGUCGUACCCGGCGUCUAGGUUGUGUGAGCAGCGUCGUGAACGUCUAUCACUACACGACCGAGGGAACGCAUGGACACAAUCAGAUACUUCGCAACAUAAGCAAGGCGAUUCCGGGCGCUAUUUCGAUACUUAACCGCUGUUUAUUCAGCGGUGAUGAAAACGAAGGAGGCGAGGUGGAAUUCGGGACUUGGGUUAGGUACCAAGGUACCAUUCAACCGGCGGAGCGGGUAGACUGGAGAGCAUUGAACCUGAAGCCUCUCUCAGGGGCUGAGCUGGUGCGCCAUAUCUUGGAAGUAAUGAAAGGCCAGAAGGUUGAAUCUUGA